AUGGCUCAAAGAGUUACCUACAGAAGAAGAAACCCAUACAACACCCGUUCUAACAAAAUCAAAGUUGUUAAAACUCCAGGUGGUGUUUUACGUGCUCAACACGUUAAAAAAUCAGGUACUAGACCAAAAUGUGGUGAUUGUGGUACUGCUUUACCAGGUAUUUCAGCUUUACGUCCAAGAGAAUAUGCUCAAGUUUCUAAAACUCACAAAACUGUUUCAAGGGCUUAUGGUGGUUCAAGAUGUGCCAACUGUGUUAAAGAAAGAGUUGUUAGAGCUUUCUUAAUUGAAGAACAAAAAAUUGUCAAAAGAGUUUUAAAAGAACAAUCUGAAAAAGAACAAAAAGCUGAAAAGAAAGCUUCAAAAUCUAAGAAAUAA